AUGACAGUCGACGACGCAACGACAACGGCAACCGAGGGAGAGCAGCAACCAACACUGGAAGUGAUCGAGGAGCCGAGCGCGCUCGAGGCGACGCCAGCCUCCCCCGCCGUCUCCACGACGUCCGUCCGCGUGCCCGUCUCCACGCCCGUCAAGGCCGCGCCCGUGCAGCGACUGAUGAUCACGAAGAUGCGGCUCGAGAACUUCAAGUCGUACGCUGGGCAAGUGGAGAUCGGGCCCUUCCACAAGUGCUUCAGCGCGGUCGUGGGCCCCAAUGGCAGCGGCAAGUCCAACGUCAUUGACGCGCUGCUGUUUGUGUUCGGCAAACGCGCGUCCAAGUUGCGGCUGAAGAAAGUCUCGGAGCUCGUGCAUCGCUCGGCGAGUUUCCGGGACUUGGACAUGGCUACAGUCUCGGUCUUUUUCCAGGAGAUCAUUGACUUGGACGGGACUGACGCUGCUGCUCCUUCUGCUACUUGCGUGGGUGACAAUGAAGCGAAUUACACGGUCGUGCUGCAGUCCGCGUUCAGCGUCACGCGCACGGCGACCAAGAGCAACGUGAGCAAGUACUUUAUCAACGACCGACCGAGCAACUUCACGCGCGUGACUGAGCUGCUGCAGGACAAAGGGAUCGACUUGGACAACAACCGGUUCCUGAUCUUACAGGGAGAAGUGGAGCAGAUCGCCAUGAUGAAGAGCAAGGGCGCGGACGGCUCGAACGAGGACGGACUACUCGAGUACUUGGAAGACAUCAUUGGCUCCAAUGUGUACGUGGAACCGACGGAGCGCGUGUGGGACGAAGUGGAACACUGCAACGAAGUGCGCGGCGACAAGGUGAACCGGGUCAAGCUGGUGGAGAAGGAGAAGGCGCACUUGGAGGGACCUCGUGCCGAAGCGCUCGAGUACCUGCGCAAGGAGAAGGAGGUGUACAUGAAGACGAACGUCUUGUACCAGUUGUGGAUCCAAGAGGCGUCAAAGAAUCGGGAGCUGUGCGAGUCCAAGCGUGAUGAACUCCAAGCCAAGUACAAGGCAGAGAUGGCGCGCAUGGCGAAGAACCGCGAGGAGCUGGAGGCGGUGGAAGCUGUGUAUCAGCGUGUGAAGAGCGAACACGAUGACGUCGCGAAGCAGCUGGAUGAGACGAAAGCCGAGUAUGCAGACUUUGAAAAGCAAGACGUGAAGCUGCGAGAAGAGCUCAAGUACGCCAAGGAGCGACAGAAAGAGCUGCAAUCGACGCAGAAAAAGGAGAUUAAAAAGCAAAAGAGCAUCAAGGAAAAGGUGCAGGAGAACGAGGAGCUGGUGCCGCAAUUGGAGAAAGAGGUAGAGAAGUUACAAGCAAAGCUCACGAAGCAGGAGCAGGUGCUGGAGAGUAUUCUGGAUGAUCACAAGGAAGAAACGGCUAAGUUACGUAGCAUUAUGGAAACUAUCCAGCAGGAUAUGGAACCAUGCCAGACUGAACUGAAUGCUCUGCGGUCAGCGAUUGAUACUACGGAGACGGAGAUCCAGCUUGUGGAAGAACCUGUGACGAACGCAAAGAAGGCGCUCGAAGCGAAUUCCUGUGGUAUCAUCGAGUCGGAAGCGAACUUGCGUGGGCUUGAAGAAGACCAAGCUGAGAAACGCGAGAAGCUUAUUAAGAUGAAGGACCGUAUCGUCGUUGCUGAGCAAGAAUUGGAUGGCGUCAAGCGCAGAGAAAGCAGUGUCGCGGAAAAGUACCGCGAAGCUCGAACAAAGGCUGAAGAAGCUUCUGGUGCGGUACAAUCGCACGCAACUAGGAACCGUAUGCUUCGGGAACUGCUUGACGCAUCCAAGCCAGGUAUGCCUCUCGAAAAUGCUGGGCUAUUCGGUCGCCUGGGUGAUCUUGGUGCGAUUGACGGCAAGUACGACGUCGCCAUAUCAACAGCUUGCGGUGCGUUAAACAAUCUGGUUGUCGAGACAACUUCGGGGGCACAAGCGUGCGUCGCGUACCUGCGCAAACAUAACUUGGGCCGCACUACGUUCCUGAUUUUGGAGCAACUGGGUUAUCUUAGGUCGAAGUAUACGCAGCACUUCCGUGGCGUAAGCACUCCUUCCGGACAAAUUGCGCCGCGUCUAUUCGACUUGGUGAAGGUGAAUGAUGACAAGUACCUGCCGGCAUUUUACUAUGCCCUACGUGACACACUGGUGUCUAAGGACUUGGACGAAGCUUCGGCGAUUGCUUUCCAAGGACGCCAGUGCAAAUAUCGUGUGGUGACUUUGGACGGACAGCUGGUCGAGAUGUCCGGUGCAAUGUCGGGUGGUGGUAAACGAGCCCGCAGUGGUGGCAUGUCAAGUACACUUGCGACUGGUCUGAGUGAAGGUGAGAUUCGGGCUUUGCAAGAGGAGACGUCGUCGUUGCGGACUGACUUGGAACAAAUUCGUGACGAGAAAGAUUCGCUUGAAAAAGAGCUACAGCAGCUUAAUCGCCAAAUUGAGCAGUAUGAGAACGACUUGCCCAAGAUUGAAUUGGACAUUAAAGCUACUAAGACACGACUGAAAGAUUACACGAAAAACAAGAGUAAUUUGGAAAAGCAAACGACGCUCUCCGCUGAUGCGAAAAAGCAAGUCGAGCAGCUGAAGGAGAAAAAGACCACGAAGGAUGCUGAGUACACAACGAUGAAGAUGAAAGUGGAUAAAAUGGCUGCUGAACUAGUCAAGAUCAAGGAUCAGAUCCUUGAUGUAGGGGGUGAAAAGCUGCGUAAGGAGCAGGACGUGGCAAAGAAGAUUACGAAGCAAAUCUCGGAGAAAACGAAACAAAUGACAAAAAUUCGAGUCGACUUCAAGAGCAGCCAGAAAAACACCGAAAAGAACGAGCAGGUACUCAAAAAGAUCAAGGAGGAUUUGGGAGCAGUGGGGAACACGAUUGAUACGACUCGUGAGCAAAUUACUGCGAUGGAAGAGAAAGCGUUGGCGGUUCUUCAAAAGUGCGAGACGAUUCAAGAGCAGGUCACUGCACAGGAGAAAGUACUCCGUAAAGAAGAGUCCAAGUACAGGAAGCUGAAAAAAGAGCACGACGGGAUGGCAAGUAAAGAAGUGGACUUGUCUAACAGCUUAGAAGACUGCGAGAAAAUGCUGGACGAGAAUGCCAAGAAAGAAUCAUACUGGAAGACGAAACUCGCGUCUCUUCAUGCAGCGUUUGUCACCGAGCAAGAACAAAAUGCAGGCGUUUUCGAGGAUGAUGCCGAUUUUCCCGCUCGGAAGCGUCAGAAGGGAAGCAAGAGUGCUGACCGAGAGGAUGCAUCGGAGGAGAAAAUGGAGGAAGAGGAUGAAGACAAGGACAGUGAUGAGGAGGAAGAUGUGUACAUGGACGUGACGUUGGAAGAGCUUCCAUUACUAGAGGCUGUCGCACUAUCCCGGUACAGCAAGGAGGAAAUGAAGUAUGAGAUCUCCGUGUUGGAGCAGCAACGUGACGAGCUUAAGGCAAAUGUGAACAUGGGUGCAUUGACCGAGUAUAAGCAGAAAAAAGAGGAAUACAAGGCGCGCAUUGUAGAGUUGGAGGAAGCCACAAAGCUGCGUGACGCGAAGCGCCACGAGUACGAUGAGCUGCGCCGCAAGCGACUGGAGGAGUUCAUGACAGGUUUCCGCAUCAUUACGCUAAAACUAAAGGAGAUGUAUCAGAUGAUUACACUUGGUGGUGAUGCGGAGCUGGAGAUUGUGGAUUCAUUGGAUCCGUUCUCCGAAGGUGUCGUGUUCAGCGUGAGGCCUUCGAAGAAGAGCUGGAAAAACAUUUCGAACCUAUCAGGCGGAGAGAAGACCCUUGCCUCGCUGGCUCUUGUGUUCGCGCUACACCAUUAUAAACCAACGCCAUUAUAUGUGAUGGACGAAAUCGAUGCAGCACUGGACUUUAAAAACGUGUCGAUUGUGGGCAACUACAUCAAGCAGCGCACACGCAAUGCGCAGUUUAUCAUCAUUUCUUUGCGCAACAACAUGUUUGAGCUCGCGGACCGACUUGUGGGCAUUUACAAGACGAACGACGCGACAAAGAGUGUGACAAUCAACCCAAAGAUUUACGAGCAAGGCACCGUGAUGGCCCCGCCUGGGAUGGUGACACCGACGGUGGGGUAUCCAAAGUCCCCCAGCAUGAAUAGUCCCACGAGUGACUCGCGUCGGUCCGUCAAGAAGGCUAGACGAUCAAGCCAACAAUCGGUGGCAUCGCCUGCAGCGCAGCGAAGCGCGAUGAGCACACCGUUACAGAACCGAACAAACACGUCGUAG